GAAGUCCUUUGAUUCCUCUGCAGGUUGCAAUUCGUUUCCUAGGAGCGAUCUGGAAGUGGCGCCACGAACUGGACCAUCCCCUCAUUGGGGUGGGGUGGAAAGAACUACAAUGCAGCUUGCUCAGGAGUCCGUGACCUUCAAGGAGGUGUACGUGUAUUUCACCGAUGAGGAGUGGGCUCUGCUGGAUCAGGAGCAAAGAGCUUUGUUUAUUGAUGUGAUGCUGGAGAAUUAUGGGAUCGUGGCCUCUCUGGGGUUAGUGCCUAAUCCUGGCAUGGUGUUUCGGCUGAAAGAAGAAGAUGUGGUUAUUUACCAUUUAGAGGAAGGGAGGAGUUUGGCAGAAUCUCCGAAACCUGAGCCGAUCUCCUGGCGAAAAGAAGAGGAAGAUGGGCCCAUCCAGGACUGCACAGAAGGGGAGAUAUUGACACCAGAUGGUGAACCAGGCAGUGAAAAUUCUGGAGAGCCAUUUGUGCUUUCUGUAACCAGAGAUAGUCCUGGAGUGAGGGAAGAAAACUUUGGGAAUCCAACCGUAGCAAGAAGGCAGGAUGAAAACCAGGUUGGGGAGAAACCAUACAAAUGCCUGGAGUGCGGGAAGACUUUUUCUGAGAAAUCCAGCCACAAGAGACAUCAAACGGUUCAUUCUGAGGAGAAGCCGUAUGAAUGCUUGCAGUGUGGGAAGACCUUCCGGUGGAGCACAAACCUCACGUCCCAUCAGAGAACCCACACAGGGGAGAAACCAUAUGUGUGUUCAGUGUGUGGAAAGAGGUUCAGCCACAACAGAAAACUUACUUACCAUCUACAGGUACAUACAGGCGAGAAGCCAUAUAAGUGCUCAGAGUGUGGCAAGAACUUUGGAAAGAAGGAUCACCUGGUUGCUCAUCACAGAGUGCACACGGGGGAAAAACCGUAUACGUGUUCUGAGUGCGGGAAGAACUUCAGGUGGAGCACAGAUCUGACUUCCCAUCAGAGAAUCCACACAGGGGAGAAACCAUAUACGUGCCCCGAGUGCGGGAAGAGCUUUAGCCGGAGCACAACUCUGACUUUGCACCAAGUAAUGCACACGAGAGAGAAACUCUUUCGGUCUUUGGAGUGCGAGAAGAAUUUCGGUCGCGGCUCGAGUCUUCCUUCCCACCAAACGAUCCACACAGGGGAGAAACCACAUAAAUGCCCAGCCUGUGGCAAAAGCUUCCGGAAAAAAGACCACCUUACUUCACACCUAAGAAUCCACACAGGGGAGAAACCGUAUACAUGCCUAGUGUGCGGGAAGAGCUUCAAUCGGAACGGAACCCUCACCUUGCAUAACAGAAUCCACACCGGUGAGAAACCGUACCAGUGCACUAAGUGUGGGAAAAGCUUUAAUCAAAAAGUAAAUCUUACUUCCCAUCAGAGAAUCCACAUGGGGGAGGAACCUUUUGCACCUCACCGGUCUCCUCCGAUCUUACACCAACUCUGGGACAAGGCUGUGUACUUCCAAACUGCUACAGGACCAAGUGUGAUGCCGACCGAAUACCCAAAUGGAAACUCCUAGAGCUGCCAGUAGAGGAAAGAG